AUUCCGUUCACGGUAACUACCCCGGCCAGCAACCGGGGUUUAACAUCUGAGAAACCUCAAGCCAUUUCUGAAAUAACUGGGCGUUUUGGUGUUUGAGAGUGCGUCUGGCCAUGACAGACUUGUGUUCUAGCUAAGUUAGCAAAGCUAGCCUGUAGCUAUAGAAAAGAGAGGGAGAGAGAGAGGAAUGUGGAGUUGCUAGCUUAGCCGCUGGGUGGUUUUUCUCAACCAUUCCUUUACAGAAGUAACUGUACUUUGGCACUAAGAUUUGGGUGUAACGUUUGGCAACGAACCUGGCUUAGACGUGUACGGAGACAAUAAUGUUUACCUGUCUGUGUUAGCUAAAGUUGUUUAACGUUAAAUAACCUAGAUAGUUAGCUAGCUAGCACAUGCUAAUGUUUUGCUGAUUUUAAACUAAGAUGUUUGCAUGUGAUCUAACUGGAUAUUAACCUUAGUUCUGAGUGUUGAUGUGUUGAAUGUAACGUAAAAUUGAAAACGUCAUUCAUUUAAGAAAUAGGGAAUUGAGGGAUAUAAACGGACAAGCAUCAGAAGUCAAACCGGUCAGACACUUGUCAGAGCACUUAUCAUUUAGACAACUACCUAGAUUACCCGUACCGACUGCGUCACCUCUAUAUUUGGAUGUUUGUUUAAAGUUAUAACAAUACAAGGCAAGCGAACUUAGUUUGCGUUGAAUCGAAUCAAAAUUAAACACGGUCGAAACCGUCUUAAAUUGUGACUUUCCGAAUAGAAACAUACUUCUCAGACGCACACACAUCUUUUAGUGAUAUAUUGAGUAAACUAGUCGUCAAGAGCUUGUGACAGCGCAAAGCAUGGCCCCUAAAAGAAAACCGUUACCGCUGAACAUCGCCUCUGCAGGAGAAGGAACACCCACUUCCACGACUAUAGACGCAGCUUCAGAGGCAAACUUUGAGGCCCUUCAAAAGAAACUGGAGGAGCUGGAUCUGGAUGAACAGCAGAAGAAACGACUGGAAGCUUUCCUCACGCAGAAAGCUAAAGUUGGUGAGCUGAAAGACGAUGACUUCCAGCACAUCUGCGAGCUGGGAGCAGGCAACGGCGGCGUAGUGAACAAAGUCUGUCACAAACCCUCGAGCCUGGUCAUGGCCCGAAAGCUGAUUCAUCUGGAGAUCAAACCGGCCAUUAGGAACCAGAUCAUCAGAGAGCUGCAAGUCCUACAUGAAUGUAACUCACCUUACAUAGUGGGUUUCUAUGGAGCCUUCUACAGUGACGGAGAGAUUAGUAUCUGUAUGGAGCAUAUGGACGGCGGUUCUCUGGACCAGGUUCUGAAGGAGGCCAGGAGGAUCCCUGAGGAGAUCUUGGGGAAAGUCAGCAUAGCUGUUCUUAGAGGAUUAGCUUAUCUUCGGGAAAAACACCAGAUAAUGCACAGAGACGUGAAGCCUUCCAACAUCCUGGUGAACUCUCGAGGGGAGAUCAAGCUGUGUGAUUUUGGGGUGAGCGGCCAGCUCAUCGACUCCAUGGCCAACUCGUUUGUGGGGACACGCUCUUACAUGUCGCCUGAGAGACUGCAGGGCACUCAUUACUCCGUGCAGUCGGACGUGUGGAGCAUGGGACUGUCCCUGGUGGAGCUGGCGAUCGGACGCUACCCCAUCCCCCCGCCCGACGCCAAAGAGUUGGAGGCCAUCUUCGGCCGGCCGGUGAUGGAUGGGGCCGAGGGCGAGACCCACAGCACCUCCCCCAGGCCCAGGCCACCGGGCCGACCCGUCAGCGGUCACGGUCCCGUCAUGGCCAUUUUCGAGCUGCUGGACUACAUAGUCAACGAGCCUCCUCCCAAACUGCCCCACGGAGUGUUCACUGCAGAUUUUCAGGACUUUGUCACUAAAUGUCUGAUCAAGAACCCUGCAGACAGAGCAGACCUGAAGAUGCUGAUGAACCACACCUUUAUAAAGCGCUCAGAGGUGGAGGAGGUGGACUUUGCCGGAUGGUUGUGCAAAACGAUGGGUCUUAACCAACCCAGCACGCCGACCCGAACCGCCGAAUGAGACGCACGCAUGCCCACGUACACACACACACACACACACACACACGCACACACACGCAGACGUCCAUACUGACACAGCAGUGUGCAUUUACGAGACAGGUAUGCGGCACAUGCGCGCGCGCACACACACACACAC